AAAGCGGGGUGCACGCUCGCCCCGUCAAGUCGUAGCACGGUCCUGCCUCGUUUCUCCACAGUCCUGCCGAGCCAUCCAAACACUACCGCAGAAAGGGGCUGAGCAUAACAUCCAACCGCAGCCAUGAACGGUACAGAGGGACCGGCAUUCUACGUGCCUAUGUCCAACGCCACCGGCAUUGUUAGGAGCCCGUACGAGUAUCCCCAGUACUACCUGGUGGCGCCAUGGGCAUAUGCCUGCCUGGCCGCAUACAUGUUCUUCCUCAUCCUCACCGGCUUCCCCGUCAAUUUCCUCACUCUGUACGUCACCAUCGAGCACAAGAAGCUGCGUACACCUCUCAACUACAUUCUGCUGAACCUCGCCAUUUCCGACCUCUUCAUGGUGUUCGGUGGCUUCACCACGACGAUGUACACCUCGAUGCAUGGCUACUUCGUUCUUGGACGCAUCGGCUGCAACCUCGAAGGCUUCUUCGCAACCCUGGGUGGUGAAAUGGGCCUUUGGUCCCUGGUGGUGCUGGCCUUUGAGAGGUGGAUGGUCGUCUGUAAGCCCGUGAGCAACUUCCGCUUCGGAGAGAACCACGCCAUCAUGGGUGUUGCCUUCACCUGGGUCAUGGCCUGCUCCUGCGCCGUGCCUCCCCUGGUCGGCUGGUCCCGUUACAUCCCCGAGGGCAUGCAGUGCUCGUGUGGAGUCGACUAUUACACUCGCGUACCUGGCGUUAACAAUGAGUCCUUCGUCAUCUACAUGUUCAUCGUCCACUUCAUGAUUCCAAUGGUUGUCAUAUUCUUCUGCUACGGCCGUCUCGUCUGCACCGUCAAAGAAGCCGCUGCCCAGCAGCAGGAGUCCGAGACCACCCAGAGGGCCGAGCGCGAGGUCACCCGCAUGGUCAUCAUCAUGGUCAUCGGCUUCUUGAUUUGCUGGGUCCCCUAUGCAAGCGUAGCCUGGUAUAUCUUCACCCACCAGGGAAGCGAAUUUGGGCCUGUCUUCAUGACACUG